AGGGUCGGGGCGGGAGCCGGGCGUGGGGGGCCUCGGAGCCUGGGGAGUCCCGGGACCGAGGGCGGCGGGGAUGCGGGUCUGCCUGCCCCUGGGAAGCGGGCGGGCAGGGCGAGGCCUGGAGCCCGCGGGGCGCAGGGGGCUGGACCGCGCGCUGUGAUUUUUCUGUUUUGUAGCGGGGCCUCGCCCAAGGUCGCGCCGGGCCCGUCCUGGGCUAUGCUCUGGGAAGCCAGUGACGCAGGGCGGGCGCCACCCUUCUGGAACCAGUGCCGGAGAGGGCCGCGCAGGUGGGCCUGGGGAGGGGACCGCAUGGAUGGAGCUGGGGGGAGCUGGGCGGCCCCCGGAGCCGGGAGAGUCAGCAGCUGCACUUCCGCCAGAGACAGGGUUUCACCAUGUUGGCCAGGCUGGCCUGAACUCCUGACCUUAAGUGAUCCACUCGCCUAGGCCUUCCAAAGUGCUGGGAUUACAGGCAUGAGCCACCUUGCCCAGCCUGGAAUGUCUCAUCUUCCCCCGCUAAAUGAAACGAUGGACCCUGAACAGAAAAAGGAACAGUGGUGGAAGAACUGCAAAACCCAAAGCCUCGAGUUGGGUCGGUGGUUCUUAGCUGCGGUGGCAGAUCGCAGGGGAGGAGCCAGAAACGGAGAUGAAACCCAGGAGCCCCCACCCUCUUCACAGGGCUAAAGCCAGAAACCACCCUCCCAGGCCACAGCCUGCCUCAUGUGGCCAUGCCUGCUCCCCGGCAGUGCGCGUCCUGCAACCCUUCCCACCCCAGGGCCUCGGCGUCCACAAUCAAUCCCCAUGUUUCAAAUCCCCGCUGCUCCCAAGGCUACCUGCUGCCUCAGGGUAGAGUCUAAGCCCCUUCCCCUGGUGCUGGAGGCCCACAGAGUGGGCGCUGCCUGUCCCUCCACUCCUUCAGCUCCCUGACCACCUCCUGGCUGUUCCUCUGCCCCCAAAGCUCUCCCACUGGGUGCCUCCUCCUGGCACCCCCCCAUGCCACCCACGACCUCCCAUCAACUCCUAUUAUUAGCUUCUUUCACCCACCCUGUGCCCUAGAGCAUUGGUUCUUGGGGCACAGCAUCCUUGUCCUCCACAGUGAAGCUGGUGCCUCUGUACCUGGCAUAGCACCCGCCCAGCAGCUGCUUGUGCAGGAAGCCCAAGUAGGGAUGGAAUAGAGAGGGAGGAGUUCCCAGCCCUGGAGGAGGGAGCGGAGAGGAAGGCCAGGCCAAUUCGCAGCUGCCUCCUAUCUCAAAAACGUGGAAGGGGCUAUGACUCUAGGGCUGGGAGGGAGAGGAGUCGUUUUUGCUGACUCUCCCCACGCACUCUUCUGCCCUCUAACUGGUCAGCUCCUCAAGCUCUCCCCGCGGCAGCAGGCCAGGGACCGGCUGUCUUGUCCAGGAUGCGCGGGGGACCAAGGUAGGGGAAGACUGUUUAACCCGUCCAGCACCUCCUGCUCUGGCCUGCAGCUCGCCCAAGGAACUCUGCAGAGCAACUAGGUCAGGGCCUCGCCAGGUGUCUCCACUCGAGGGACGGCUGGCGCCACGCGGAAGAUGGGGAAGCGGGUCAGGGCGGGACAAGGGCAAGAGGCUACUGCUCUGGGCGCUGUGUCCUAAGGGCUGCCUCUGGUGUGCGGAGAAUGGAGGGUGCCGGGGGUCAAGCCCGGACUCUGGUCAGGGUACCCGAGCUUCAGCCACGCCCUCCUUCCCCAGCGCGCCGCGGGGGCGGGCACAGCAGGGCGGGCGUGGCUGGGAGACCGGCUCUGCGUCGCAGCCCCGCCCGUCCCAGCCCGGGAAGCUGGGACUUGAGUUGGUCUGCGUUCGGGCAAGUCCUUAGGACAAGGCAUCCUUUGGGGGCAUCACCAAGCUGGGAAGGUGAGCCCCCGAGUCAGUGUUGAGUUUGCGUAUCGGCAAGUGCCUCGAGCUCACACCCUGGAACUGGCAGUUUGGUGAGAGAUGGAAUUUCAAGUUGAGAACUGGCCUGGGAUUUUCAAGGCUUCGUCCCUGUUUCUUGCCGGCACUGCUGCUAAUGAGAAAUGAAGGUCACUGGAUUCCUGAUCCAGAGUCCAGGUGCCUGGCACGGUUGCUGUCCAGGGCUUAGAGAACAGAGGAAGAGCCCUUGAGUCUGUGCACACUCUGCCACCACGGCCCCGCCCACCUCUGGAGCCCACAGGUGCCCAGCCCACAGGUGUCUUGCUUUUGGCUAGACUCCUGCCAUAUGGGGACCCCCAUGAUGGCCACUCAGGAGAUGGGGGGCCCAGGAGGACAGGGGAGUGACUCCAGGCUGUGACCGGAAAUUCCCCGUGGCCCCUGUUCCAGUCCCCAGGGAGAUGGGAGGGCCACACGCUGUUAUGAGGAAGAGGACACCGGGCUGGCCCUGGCCCAGGGUGGGCAGCUCUGGUUUCACUGCUUGGCUCCGAGCCCGAGGCAGGUGCAGGAGCCAGGCACGGUGAGCAGGGCCCAGUGCCCCUCAGGCUCUGGGGAAGGGGUACAGCCAGGUGGCCUAGAGCGAGGAGGUGCUGGGGACAGGUGUAACCACUUCCAGUCUCUCCCAGCCUGCUGACCUUCAUCCUCUCCCAGAUUCCAAGGGCCACUGCUGGGAGCAUGGGGUGGACAUCGUCCCACCAGCCUCCUGGAUCCACAUCCGUAAAGACUCCAAAGUGAAGUGAGGCUGGCUUCUCUCCAGCUCACAGCAGAGGAAGGGGCAGCCUCAGGGCCCAGCAACUUGCUCAGAGCGCACAGGAGUGCUCUGGGGCUGGGCCAGCCCAGGGCCUCUGACUCUGCCCCCUUCAUGCAGGGCUGCACGGCCAGUGUGUUCCACCCUCCGGCGUGGGCAGCAGUCCAGUGCGUCAUUCUGGGGCCUGAGCAGCGUGGCCAGAGGCCGGUCUGGGGUGGAGGCGACCUGGGCUGCAGGUUGCGGGUGGGGUCCUUGUUGUGCUUCUGGCAGCAGGAAUCAGAGAAGCAGUAACUGGAUCUGGCUGAGGGCCUGGCGGCCACCGAGGGUACUUGUGGUGAUCAGGUUGCGGCCGAGCUGUGAGCGUUCCACUGGGCGGCUUCUACAUCCGGAAGGGCUGGGCCGGGCUGGGAGCCCACACAGGGGGUUGAAGGAGGUGGGCAGGAACGAGAGAGGCCAAAGGGUGCAGGGCCAUGAAGAGGGGUGCUGGGCCCACGCUCUGGGGAAAGGGGGAUCAACCCUGCCCUCCAGCCCUGUAGGCCCUCAGGCCCUGGACUCUGUGCAAUCCGGGAGUGGCUGAAAUCCAAGCUGAGGGUAAUGAAAGGUGCCGCUCCUAAGCCGCACGUCUCUGAUCCGCCCUCCCCGCCCGCCCUCUGCCGCCCGCCGGCCCUCUAAGAGCUGCCCAGGCUGCUGCUGCGGGUCAGAGGCAGGUCAGAGCAGGCAGGGGGUUCAUGACGCCGGCUGGGUCUGGGGGCCGCAGGCCAGCCGAGCCGACCCGGGCUUCUGGGGGACCGUGGGGGCCGUGAGCACUCAGAGGGAGCAUCCCAGGCCUCUCCGGGGACCCGGCCAGCCUCAAGAUGCCGACCAACGGCCUGCACCAGGUGCUGAAGAUCCAGUUUGGCCUCGUCAAUGACACUGACCGCUACCUGACAGCUGAGAGCUUCGGCUUCAAGGUCAACGCCUCGGCACCCAGCCUCAAGAGGAAGCAGACCUGGGUGCUGGAACCCGACCCAGGACAAGGCACGGCUGUGCUGCUUCGCAGCAGCCACCUGGGCCGCUACCUGUCGGCAGAAGAGGACGGGCGCGUGGCCUGUGAGGCAGAGCAGCCGGGCCGUGACUGCCGCUUCCUGGUCCUGCCACAGCCAGAUGGGCGCUGGGUACUGCAGUCAGAGCCGCACGGCCGCUUCUUCGGAGGCACCGAGGACCAGCUGUCCUGCUUUGCCACAGCCGUUUCCCCGGCCGAGCUGUGGACCGUGCACCUGGCCAUCCACCCGCAGGCCCACCUGCUGAGCGUGAGCCGGCGGCGCUACGUGCACCUGUGCCCGCGGGAGGACGAGAUGGCCGCAGACGGUGACAAGCCCUGGGGCGUGGACGCCCUCCUCACCCUCAUCUUCCGGAGCCGACGGUACUGCCUCAAAUCCUGUGACAGCCGCUACCUGUGCAGCGACGGCCGCCUGGUCUGGGAGCCUGAGCCCCGUGCCUGCUACACGCUGGAGUUCAAGGCGGGCAAGCUGGCCUUCAAGGACUGUGACGGCCGCUACCUGGCACCCGUGGGACCUGCAGGCACCCUCAAGGCCGGCCGAAACACGCGGCCCGGCAAGGAUGAGCUCUUUGACCUGGAGGAGAGUCACCCACAGGUGGUGCUGGUGGCUGCCAACCACCGCUACGUCUCUGUGCGGCAAGGGGUCAACGUCUCAGCCAAUCAGGAUGAUGAACUAGACCAUGAGACCUUCCUGAUGCAAAUUGACCAGGAGACAAAGAAGUGCACCUUCUAUUCCAGCACUGGGGGCUACUGGACCCUGGUCACCCAUGGGGGCAUUCAGGCCACAGCCACACAAGUUUCCACCAACACCAUGUUUGAGAUGGAGUGGUGUGGCCGGCGGGUAGCACUCAAAGCCAGCAAUGGGCGCUACGUGUGCAUGAAGAAGAAUGGGCAGCUGGCGGCUAUCAGCGAUUUUGUGGGCAAGGACGAGGAGUUCACCCUCAAGCUCAUCAACCGGCCCAUCCUGGUGCUGCGCGGCCUGGACGGCUUCGUCUGCCACCACCGCGGUUCCAACCAGCUGGACACCAACCGCUCCGUCUACGACGUCUUCCACCUGAGCUUCAGCGACGGCGCCUACCAGAUCCGAGGCCGCGACGGAGGGUUCUGGUACACGGGCAGCCACGGCAGCGUGUGCAGCGAUGGCGAACGCGCCGAGGACUUCGUCUUCGAGUUCCGGGAACGCGGCCGCCUGGCCAUCCGCGCCCGGAGCGGCAAGUACCUGCGCGGCGGCGCCUCGGGCCUGCUGCGGGCCGACGCCGAUGCACCGGCCGGGACCGCGCUUUGGGAGUACUGAGGCCGCGCCCAGACCAGCCUGUCGCGCAUUAAACCAUGUCUGUCCCGCAGCUGUGGGUGGGCUCCGGGGCGCCGCAUGGGGGUCCUGCAGCUGGAGGUGGAGGAGGCCCACAAUCCUCCCCAAACUAGAGCGCGCCCACAACUUCCCAGUGCCCAAAGACUCCCGUCUGGGAGGUGAUCUUGUGGAUGGGCAGGGUGACCCAGGCCGGUGGAGGUGGGGUGGAGGGGAGGUCUUGAGGACGUGGGGAGGACAGGGGCUUGGGGUGAGUGGGGGACUGAGCCUGGGCGGGUUGAGGCCACAACCCCGACCACAGAUGACCUCACUGGACACCGCCUCUCCCCAACCUAGGUCCUCAACCCUCCCUAUCCCCUGGCAGCCCCUGCGGUGCUCAUCCUUCCUUGUGCACUGCUCAAGGCCAGGCGAGUGGCAGAGGGUGGGGGAAAGCCAGUCCUGGGGAGGUGGGACGAGCACAGCCAGCAAGGGGAGGAACUGGCUGGGAUGCCCCUCCCCUAAGCCCACCAGCCUUAGGGACAAAGAAGGGCAGGCUACCAUGGUAAGAGGCUGGAACUCCCCGAGCCACGUGGGCAAGGCGGGUCCCAGUUAACCCUUGGAGGACCAGGUGCCACCUAGUCCAAGUUGGCAGGGAACAGCAGUGGCCCUGGAGCUCGGGCUGUCCCUGCAGCCUGCAGUGUCCCCUGGUGGCAGCCAAGGUGAGGUGGAGUCUGUGGCUGGGGCAGGACUGGGGGCACCAGGUGGAACCGCAGUGGCUGGCACUCAGCACCUCCAGGCUCCCCCCUCAGGAGGGCCUUGGAGAAGGUCUCCCUGCACUGCCCUGCCUGACGUGAACUUGGCCUGCCACUGUGGGAACCCCCACUUCCAUCCACAGCCUGGGGCACGGCAGGAGGCAGAGGCUAGGAAGCAGAGCGUGGGGUGGAAGGUCAAAGAAACCCUUUGGAACGGAAUAAUGGCUGGGCCUGGAAGCAGGGUGGGGGGGGCACUGCUGCUACUGAGGCAGGUGGUACUCCAUGAAGAGACAGCUGCCAGGUGGUGUCUAGCAGGUGCCCCUAGGGGGACGGUGAAGAAGAGCUGCUUUCACCCCACAUGUGAGCUGGGCUGAGGAUCAUGCAAGGCUACGGUGUCAAGCUAGGAUCGGAGCUGGAGCAGGUGCAGGAAGCUGGAAAGGUCGAGAGACUACCCCUGCCACCGGGGAAGGGCCUCACGUAGUGAGAGCUCAGGUGCUGAGAGUCCAGGAGGUGUGCACUAAAGAGGUGAGGGCAGGGAGGCCCAGGAUGGGCGACAGGGCCCGGCCACACCGUGGUCCGCAGGCUCCCCGAGAAGCUGACUGUGGACCUGCCACCUGCCUCUGAGGCCAAGCCCUCCUCAAAUGCCGAGUGUUGAGAGCAGGUUCCUUGGAGGUGUCUGUGAGUUGGGUGCAUUUCACCCAGUCCCUGUACACUCUGGCGGCACAUCGGGGCUGGGGACUGCCCACUGUGGUCCCUCCUUUCCUGCCUCUGUAGAUUUCCUUUUUGUUCCACGUGACCUGCUCUCUUGGCCCCUCAGGGUCUGCGCCGCAGCUUUCUUUACAGGGGACCACAUUGCGUCUUGAACUCGGGCUGGCAGGUGGGCAUGAACGUUUUUAAACACACCUGCACUGAUGCCUCCACAUGGGUGACCCUGGAGAAUGCCCCAACAGAGGUCAGGACAGCUGGGGACGCCGUCUCAGCCCUGGUGGCCAGCAUUGCCUUAGGUCAGGAGGCUGCAGUGCCAAGGACAGCCAGCCACGUAAACCCCCCGUGUGUGCCCGGGGGUGUGGGGACACCAGUGCGGCUCAUCCCGGUGUCUGCUCUUUCACGAGCCACAGUGGUGCCCCCACACCCCCUGCACAGCUGAGGCUAACAGGGUUGGAUGGUGCCACUGCGCUGGACAGACAGCAGCCCCGUGGAAGGCCCCUCAGGCUCCCAGCCUCCUGAGACCUGCUGGCAUCCAGCUGAGGGUGGGGAGGUGAGUCCUGCAGGCGACCCAGAUCUGUCAGCUCUGGGAUCCCUGUGGCCUGUGAUGGCGAGUGAGGAGCUGGCACAGGCCUGGACACACCCCGCCCCCGCCCCGGCCCAGGCACGUGAACACAGAAUCUGCACAGUCCUCCGCCCACUCAUCCAGGGCCUGUUUGGGAGUCCCCACGGGCUGGUCUAGCCCCUCACUCUCCGAGCCCUGAUGCUCAGAGCAAGACACGGGCACAAGUGCUGUACAAAGGUCAGAGCCAGAAGCUCUUGCCCGGGGGUGGCAGAGGACAGCCCUGGAGCACAGCACGGAUGGGACUGUUAAGGGGUGCAGGCCUGUCUCAGUGGGUGGCUUGCUUGGCCCCAGCUCUCCCAGCAAGCACGGGCCACGGCCCCACUGAAAAGGCCGGGUUUGGAAUAUCUCCACCCACUGAAGAGGCUGCGUUUGGAGUGUCACCGGGGAGGCCUUGCUCCCUGAGAUGUGGCAACCACUGAGGGAGACAAACCCUGACUAGGAGCACCCCACGGGCCCCUCCCACUCCACGGAGAGGAACACAGGGGAGCCAGGCAGGGGCCCCAGGCCUCCCAGACACCCCCUUGGAGCAGAGCCCUCCUCAGGGGUAACUGGGUCACAGGGACACUUCUUCUUUGGAGACCACCCUGGUGCUGGGGGCUCCCAAGCAGCGCCACGGCUCUGGAAGGAGCCCAGUGAGAGAGAGUGGGAAGGGGUGAGAAAAAACAGCCGCGGCCUGAAGUUUCACAGACAGGGUCGUUUGUCACAGCAGAGAAGCACCUCACGGCUCCUACCCGCACUCGUUGCGGACAGUGCCUGCAGCGGGAGCGGCGCGAGCACCCUCCCCAGAUGAAAACACCAGCACCAGGAGGUGGGCCGUAGCCCAGGCUGAGGGAGGCAGCUGGGGGCUGGGGCUCAGGGCGCCCCCGGGCCACAGCGCCACCCUGAGUGGCCCUGAAAAUAGUGCACAGUGCUGGGUACUGCCCCGGCCGGAGGCACCUAGGUGUUGAGCAUUCCGGCCACAGGCCACCCGAUGGCCCUUCCUUGGUGUGGCAUGAGGCCACGGGCACUUGCAGGAGCUCCCUGCAUGCUGUUUUGUGCUUUGGUCUCAGGGAGCACCCUCCUACCUCGGAGUCCCGGAGUGGGCAGCCGGGCAGGUGUGAACAGUGUGACAAGGGUACCGUGGGGCACCUGGUAGUGCCACCCAGAGGGGCAGCCGGUGCUCCUGGCGGUGUGGCAGCAACAGUUACAAACUCACCCGAAGUCCAAACCCCAGAAAUCCUGUUUCUCUGGCCCUCGGGGUCCAGAAUGCACCGCACUGCCUCCUGGCCUCAGGGGCUGCUGCUGUGGCGGAAAGGCUGCCCAGCAGUGAGGAAGGCGAGUGUAAGGGCUGCGGCUGCGGUCAGAGACGGAGAGACACCAGCAGAGGACGCGAAGCUGGACCGGCCAGGUUCAGGGCCCGCCUCGGUUGCUCCCAGUCAGAAUCUGCUUUGUGCUCCACGGCCUCCAAGCACUCUCAUGAGUGUUCUGCUCCUACGUGGCCAGGUCCCACGUUCCCUGACGGCUCUGGCCAGGCCAACUCGGUUUUCCUCUAAAACCAUGAAGGCCUGGGGGGCUAUUACAGAGGCUGGAAGCGUAGCCAGAGCCGCGGCCAGGGGCAGGCCCGCCUGGUCACAGCAGGAUGAGGCUGGGGUGGCGCAGCUGCCGGUACACCUGCAGCAGCCUCUGGGCGGUGGCACAGGAGCUGGCCUCAUCCUCCGUGCAUAGCCGGUCGCGCAGGGUCUGCACCUCCCGCAGCAGCGUCUGCAGGUGGAGCAGACACAGCUCAGGCCCCCACCUGGCCCUGGGGAUGUCACUGGGUACCUCUUGGGGACCCACCACUUGCAGGACCCUACUUGGGAAGUGGCAGGUGGUCCGAGGAAGAACACUCCGGAACCUUAAAGCAUGGGACAUGCAGCCUGGCCUGGACACCCAGCCCCUCAAGUAGGGUGAGCGGCAGGAACAGCCAUGGCCACUCGGACUCUGCCCCAGGCCCAUGGGAGCAAAGCCCAUGCGUUGUGAGGACGCUGCGGACCCCGAGUGACUGGAGAGGGGCCUGGCGAUGGGCGCUCCUGGCUACCCAGGUGAAGGGGACUGCCCGGGGAACCGGGUGCUCACCUCGUGGUUGGCGUGGAUCUGGCGGAGAUACUGCACACGGAGAUCAGGAGCGCUGGAGCCCUGGGCGGCCUGCUCUGUCACCAUCGUCUGGGGGGGGACACAGGAGACAUGCUGGAGAGGGUGUGCCCCAGCACCUGCCCCCACACCCCUUGGAGCAGGGUGACCCUCUCCCUCUAUCUGCCCGGUGCUGCCUCCCUGCCUGGCACCCCCCCCCGCCUGGCACCCCCCCGCCUCCCUGCCUGGCACCCCCCCCCGCCUCCCUGCCUGGCACCCCUCCCCACCCCAGCGCUUUGCUGUUUUCCACCUUGCUGUUCACCUCGACUUCCUGCCCUCCAGAGCAGCAGGGCACAGAGCCCCUGGCCUGACAGUUUCCUGGAAGUGAACUCGUUUGGUUCUUUUCUCUCCACUGCUGGGAUCUUCCCUGUCCCCAAGAGCCACACUCUGUGCAGAUGCAGACCUGCCUACUGCCUCCUUCUCCCAUCCUGGGGUUCAAGCCUGAAGGCCGCUCAGGAGAACAGACCAGCCAGGGAGCUGCCUCGGCGUCUUGUGCAGAGACCCUGGCCUGGCCAUUCACUCAUUCACACAGCACAGCCCAGUGUGGGCUGCGGCACUGGCUCCCUGGGCUUGGAUCUAAAUUCCCAGAUGGGACCAGGUGUGGUGGCUCAGGCCUGUAAUCCCAGCACUUUGGGAGGCCGAGGCAGGCAGAUAACUUAAGGUCGGGAGUUCAAGACCAGCCUGAUCAACAUGGUGAAACCCCAUCUCUACUAAAAAUAUAAAGAAA